AGUUACUGCGAAACGUCAUGUGGUUUUAUCACGGUGAGGGUCCAUGUUCUGUCAUUUUUUUCUCGUUCUUCAGCUGUUUCCUUUGACGAGGGGGUUGUUAGAUUGUUUCCACAAAUUAUCACGUCACAAACUUGGCAUUUCUGACGUUCGUGCAAUGUGUUUUCGAUCAGAUUGUAUGCAAAGCUAACUUAUACUAAACAAAGGAUUCAAAAUGAAGUUUAGUUGUUGAGCUUUCCUUUUAAUUAAUAUUAGAGAAAACAUGUGAUCCUCAUGACGUAAUAGAGAUGAUAUGCCAUACAAUGAUUUGCCUUUUUACCCAUAAGCCAACCAUAAAUCUAAAACAACUAGAUCAAUCUGUUGACAUCAGCCUUGUCGUAAGCCAUUAACUAUGUCAUCGUCAUCAGUUGUUUAAAAAAUAAACUAAAUCGUGCAAGUCAUUGAUUUUUCUAAAAUAUCAUAGGUUAAAGAUUACAUUACGUUUGAGAUAAUGAUAAUUAUACUUAAAAUACUGAGAUGUCGCAUUCGAGUUCCGACAAUGAGUUCAAAAUGUGUCUUUCACUCCUAAGAUAAUUAACACUAAAUGUUUAGAAGAUAUUUGGAUGAUCUACACUCAACAUUAAUGAAUUAUCACAAGUAUUUUUUUUAGAUACAGUGACGUUGCUUUGGAUAUUAUGAGAAUGCAAUUUACGCAUGCCUUACGUUGAUCAUAAAACAAAAUUUUCUCCAAGCUCCCUGUAUAAAUUCUUUAAUCCAAUCUCUUACCAAUGCAACCCAGCUAAAGAAGACUCACUCUGACCCUCUCUCUCUCUCUCCUUUCUUCUCGCUUCUCUCUUCUCUCUUCUCAUACAUCAAUAAUGCAGAAAGCAAUAAGACCAUAUGAAUCAUCGUGGACGAAGACCAUACCGGGCAAUAGCAUCUUCCGUCCAAAGGCUGAAGAUAAACCAUCAUCAUCAUUAUCAUGGCUAACAUCGUCAUCAUCACCACAAAAGCUAUCUUUAAGCAUUAAGGAAUCAAGCAACGUAUUGGUAAUGGAGAAUGCUGUGGUGGUGUUUGCUAGGAGAGGCUGCUGCAUGGGACACGUGGCCAGACGACUGCUACUUACACAUGGCGUGAACCCACUGGUAGCUGAGGUUGAUGAUGAAGACGAAAAUAUCAUCAUAAGUGAAUGGGGCAAAACCAUGAUUAAUAAAGAGAAGUUACCAGUCAUGUUCAUAGGAGGAAAGAUGAUUGGAGGGUUGGAGAAUCUGAUGGCUGCUCAUAUUAGUGGUGAUUUAGUGCCUACUCUCAGACAAGCGGGGGCAUUAUGGCUUUGAUUGAUGAUGUUAAUCAUCAUCAUAUAUAAUCUUUUAUUUAAUUGUUUUUUUCACGCCUUGUCGCAUUAUUUGUUAAUAUUUUGGCAAUGUUUCAACCUAAGUGAAUUUGUAAUUGAUUGUGUUAUGUGAUUAGUUUGAUCAGAAAGAGAGAAAAAAUUAGAAAGAACAAAAAUACUAUUUUCUUGUAACUAAUAGCUCUUGAAAUCUGUAUAUGUGUAUU